GUCGUCGCAAAUCCUCCUCCUCCACAUAUUCCAACACGCUGCUCGCCAUCAUUGCGUGUAGUGUGUAGCGCGCUGUGUUUGUCAAUUGCAACGUCACUUCUGGUAGCCCUUGGGGCUUCGGGUAUGUUCAGGGAGGACUCGAUACGCCUCGUCAAAACAUCCCUUUUAGCUCAAAUAUGGUUGAAAACUUGCUGGGAGUUACGUGCAUGUAUUACAUAACGUAUAAACAAUGCAAAUAUGAAUUGUAACAUCUUUGUCAUCUGACCUUUCAUAAAACGGGAAGCUUAAUGACCUCUGUUGUGGUUUUUCCUCAUUCUUUUUUUGCAUUCAUGUCUUUUUUAUUUGGUUUUUAACUAACCUCCUCUCUUCUUGUAGAAGAGAAGUCCGGUAAGCCAUUUCAAGUUUCUCCACAAUACAGAUCGCAUGAGAUCAUCCUCAGUCUCCCCCUUUGCGGCGCUCGACAUACAAAUGAACCUUUUUAGCCGUGCCCUAUUCAGUGUCUGUACGUGAAUGUAAAGCUUUACUUCUACAGCUGUCAAAUAAUGCACACAAACAUAACACACAAGUCUCCGUGUUGACGGAGCUCGUCUCAUCGGAGUCCGAAUAAUCACGUUGUCCUUCUAAUCAAUCUCCUGUGUGUUAUGGCUCAUGUUGCAUUAUAAAAGCUUUCAGUUCAAGUAAAGAGGCGCAACUGUGUGCAGUUUGAGUUGAUGUACGUUUGACUGAUUUGUCACUCACUUUCUGACCCAGGUCUCUUCUCUCUUCCUUUUUGCUGGUCUCAGAGACGCAGCCUGGUGAGUUUCUGGCAUCAUCUACUGACUGUUUCAAAGCAGACACCGUGAAACUUCCCACCGCUUCUGCAGUGCAGAAUGUAACAAGACAGUCCUUUUAGCCCCGCUCAGAAACGUGAUGACAUUCGGAGGUAGCUUGGAACGCACUUGCGUUUGGGUUAGGUGAUGUGACUUAGUAAUAAAACAGGACACUCCAAGACAAAAAGUUCAAGUCACAACACGACAACUUUGUUGAAACAAACAUUUGUGUCUGAGAAAGAAAAUGGAAAUUGGUCCUACAGUAGAUUCAACUCAACUCCACCUUUUUUAGAGAGCACUUCAAACAACCACAGGAUGAACUUUGAAUGUAUUGUCCUGCAUGUGUUUUACAAAACAGGUAACAAUAUGUGAUGUUUAGAUCUUCACAAAAAGGGUUACACACAAAUUUGGACUCUGUGGAGCAUAGUUCCACAUGCGUAAGACGUAAAUGGUAAUGAAAUAAAUGAACUGAUUCAAAGCAAACUAUUACAGUUAAAAACUAAUCAUGAGGCAAUCUUGCUGGUUUUGCGAUACAAUAUUUGUAUUUUCAAAAUAAAGUAAAAUGAGUUCGGAUGGCAAUAUUGCUUUGGGAAUGUGUCAAUUUUUGUUGUCGUGAUUGUUUCGCAGGGACAGAUAAAGCGGCACCUGUCAUGUAAGUGCAUCUGUUUCAAAUGUUUGUUUGUGGUAUGUUUGCAGCCAUUCAUCUGCCGGUCGAUGUUUCUUCUAGGCGAAGAGAUUGCUCGACCCAGACGUUCUACCCCGACGCCAAGUCCUGCCCCUGACGCCCCGAGUGACCGGCUAGCACAGAACAUUCCUGCCUUCUUUGGACAUCCCUCAGAGACACAAUAUGCCAGAUAUGAUGUGGUUCCUGCCGACGUCUGGGGAGGAUCGAGGCCAAAGUCGGAGUCGCUUUUGAGCAGAAGUUUCCCAACAGGAGCUCCUCCUCCGCUCCCUCCCAAAAACAUCGUGUCACGGAGUCGAGGCUAUCCUUCACAGUCUGCUGUUGAUUUACCCAACGGAAGAGCAACUUGCAGCUCGGCCCCCAUCUACCUGAGCAUCCUGUCCCCCUCUUCGUACCGAGGCUGCCCUGGCCCUGACCUCGACGAUGUGUUUGGCCCCGUGGGCAGCCCACGCACCGACGAGCACACCGUGUCCGCCACCAGAUGGGUAACUUUUACAAAUGACAGACCUCCACCACCAGAUGAGCCCGCGCCGCCCCCUCCGCCUGACUCUCCUGCCCCAGACACACCCUCGUCCACACCCUCCACCCCGUACCUCUCGCCUGGACCGCCUCCCAUUGAACCCCCGCCUUCGCCGCCGGGGUUCUCGACGGAUUCUUUGCCUUCUUUCACACCACUGGACUCACCGCCUUCCAUCGUGCUCGGACCUCCUCCCCCGGAUGAACCGGCCCCUCCCCUGCCACCUUACUUCACUCCCACAAGUUCACCAGCAGUCUGCCUUGAAGAGGAGGCGAUUGAUGAGGAGGUGCUGCAGUUUGUACGUUACACGCCCUCCCCGUUACCAAUCAGUCCUGUGCCUCCUCUGCCAGCGGAGAGAAAGUCCCCUCGAGCAGGAAUUAUAUCGCCCCUGGUUUUGGGGGCAGCGGGGGGAAAAUGGACUCCAGAGGGAGGGAACCUGAGGGAUGACAUCUCAGACUUCACUGGUUCACCAAGAGAGCUAACACCGAGCUUCCGUGGAACGCCGCCUCCUCUUCCUCCCACCACAUACCGAUCGAUUAUGUCUUCCCCAGGGCCUUACUCAGGUCCGCCUUCGCCAGCCCGUUCUGCCACGUCACAGUCUCAAGGCGGUCCGCUCCCUCCUCCCCCUCCCCCGCGGCCUUCCUCGCGACCAAAGUUGCCCCCAGGAAAACCGAUCCCAGACCUGACUCGACCCUUAAGUCCUCCCGUGUCGGGAAGCCCUCCGCCUUUCGCUCCACUGGCUCGGGCAGAGAGCUCUUCCUCCAUCUCCUCCAUAACGUCGCAGAGCGCGGCGUCCACGCCGACCUUAGGGAGGGACCUCUACUUAUCCAACACAGGUACACCCAUGUGGCGUCCAUCUUGCUCGUCAUUGUGUCCUUUGCUCACUGUCAUGUCUCUCCUCAUGCUUCUUUCCCCCCUGUCUGCUCACUCAGAGGCCACACAACCUCUGGUCUGGUUUGACCACGGCAGGUUUUAUUUAGCGUUAGAUGGAUGUUCAAGAGGGCCCAGCCCACUUACCAUGGGACCCCAAGACACUCUGCCAGUUGCAGCUGCCUUCACAGAAACUAUCAAUGCCUACUUUAAAGGCGCUGACCCCAGCAAGUGUGUCGUGAAGAUCACAGGCGAACUAGUGCUCUCCUUCCCCGCCGGCAUCACCAGGCAUUUCGCCAGCCACCCGACUCAACCGGUCCUCAUCUUUAGCAUCAGCAACUAUACGCGACUGGAGCAGGUCCUCCCCAAUCCGCAGCUGCUGUGCAGCGAUUCCCCAACAGACAGUCUAGACACCAAGGAGUUCUGGGUGAAUAUGCAAAACCUGAUGAGUCAUCUUAAGAAAGUGGCUGAGCAGAAGCCUCAGGCAACAUACUACAAUGUGGAUAUGAUCAAAUAUCAGGUUUCAGCAGACGGGAUCCAGUCCACUCCUCUCAAUCUAGCCAUGAGUUGGCGUGGCGAUGCCAAUAACACAGACCUGAGAAUAGACUACAAAUACAACACAGAGGCGAUGGCAAGUCCAGCUCCGCUUCACAACAUCUACUUUCUGGUUCCUGUGGAUGGAGGCGUAGCCAAGCUCCAGGCUAUGGUCCCACCUGCCACCUGGAAUCCAGAGCAGCAGACGAUACAGUGGAAGAUUCCGAGCCUUUCUCAUAGGUCUGAAAACGGAGGAGUAGGGGCUCUCCUGGGCCGCUUCCAGAUGACAGCGGGUCCGUGUAGGCCCUCCCAGCUGGCAGUUCACUUCACCAGCGAGGGGAGCACAAUGUCCGGUUGUGACAUCCAGCUGCUCGGAACUGGCUACAGGCUGUCCCUGAUUAAGAAGAGAUUUGCUGCAGGGAAAUAUUUGGCAGAUAAUUAGCGGACCUCCCUAUGCGCACAACCAGGGGAAUCCGUGCUUUUUGACUCUGAAGACAAGGAACGCAUCCUCCGUUUGGUGUACUUUAAACUUUAGAGCAUCCAUCAGUGGAAAUACGACUGAUGAGCGUAUGCAAAAUAUUUAGUUUGUUACUUGAAACACUUUUGAGCCCUAAAGGAGUAAAAUCCUAAUUUACUCCUGGAAAUUUAAUAGCGUGGAUGCAUACAGCGAUGCAGCCAAGCCUCCCUACUUUUUGUCUUACUUGUUGUCAUUGUAAAUUUACUGUAAAAGAUUAUAGAUUAUAUAUUACCACCGCAAUCUUAAGGUGGAAAAUGUACAAACAAAUGUAUGAUAGUGUUACUUUCCCAUGGAAUGAUAUUAAAUUCUAGAUUGUUAUUGAUCUAAUUUUGAAUCCCACCUCCAGUCCCAUUUGUUUUGAACGACUUAUCUUUCUCAUCCUAUUUUUCUGUAUGCAGCCUCGGAAAUGACACCUCAUAAAACAACAACUGCUUUGUCAGCUUUACUUUUCAUUGUUUUAUGAAUUAUUCGUACGUAAAACUUGAACUUGCUGUCUACCAGCGAGGGAAUUUUUUUCAAUCAGACUCAAAUGACUUCAUGUAUCAUAAGGAUGCUUCUUUUGUGUGCAAAAAUUCAACCAAAAAAAUAAGCACUUUCUGGAAUUCAUUAUCCCUACAUACAAAAACUCUCCUGUGCAAAAUCUGAAAUUUAGUGGAGAUAUUUUAAAAACAAAAAUUGUUUCCCGCUCAUUUUAAAAGAUUGGCCGUCGAUCAGCUGCAGCAGUUUGACAUCGACAACAAAAAUAUCACUUUUUUACCAACACUGUGAAGAAAAAAAAAAACAACAAAGAAUCUUGGCUGCGUGUGACUGAUGAAAAGCUCGUUUUUCACUUUGUGUUUCUUGUCUGAUUGGAAAACAGGAGGUUGUAAUUUGAAAUAGAAAUGCUGUAUUGGGAAAAUGUUAUGCCGCUUGACGGUCGUUAGAGCAUAUGGAGGUCGGUCUUGGUUAAAUGGCGGACAUCAAAAAAAAGUGGUGAAUGUUUCCCAGAAGAAAAGACAAAACAUGACAGAAACCGCGUACAUGUGUACCCGCUGUAACUGUUUUUAUGUUCACCCUGUUGAUUCUAUGUUCAAUUGAUUUUUCCAAUAGCAAUAUUUCAAUAUUUAAGUGUAAAAAGUGUAGAUAAAGAGUUAUGGUUGAAAUAUUUCUCUAGGCAUAUGGAUAUGUGUUUGUGGUUGUUUAUUGAUGUCAUAAGGCUGUUCGGUUCUAUGGAACAACACCAUUUCUCUUCAUUUAUUGUUUGCCAUGUGGGUUUGUUGUGCAAAACAAAGUGUUACUGCUCAUGAAUAACUUCGGUGCCGUAUGAAAUCUGCAUUGCCCUUCACCGGUUGUUUCAGUGUGUCUCCAUGUCGAUAAAGUCAUGAUGCAGUGUACUGUAUGUAUUGUAUAAUCAUUGCUAUUACUGUACGUCCUAUAAAAUCCCACCCUGGUUUGCUCCGGAGAAACUCAUUGUCAAUGAAUUCGGCAUGUCGAUGUUCCCCGACCGACUCUGCUGGUGAUGCUGUAUUUGGCCUGCACUCAAGGCCCCUGUUUUUUUUAAACUUAGUUUUUAUUUAUAUUUCAUGACUUCAUCUGCAGUGUUGAUCCACUAUGUUGACUCACGGUUAAGGCCUCGGCGUAAGAACACCUCAUUCAAAUGAAUUCUAUUUUCUUUGCCUUACUAUUAUUAUUAUUAUUAUUUAUUUUUAUUUUUUUUUGCAUAUCGAACAUGAUGUUUUUAAUGGCUGUAUGUCUUUAAAUACACACAGAAUAUGCAAACUUGUAAUGUACAUUUCCCAUCCAAAGAUUUGAAAAGUAAAUAUGUGAAAAGGUCAAUAUAAUGUAAUACCUGUUUUACUUGGGUAAUAAAGAAAAGAAAAUAAC